AUGCCUGUGUCAACAACAUCAACAUCAACAACCCCUUCAUUUUCGUUUGGAAAAUCCACACCCGCCGCUGAAACUGCCGCAGCUUCAUCGACAGCAAAUUCUACACCGAAAUUCAGUUUCAUGAAAGCCGCAGAACAAGCAUCCACAAAUUCAUCAACCGGAGGAGCUUCUCGUUUCGGAAAUUCUGUAAAACCAGCCGAAACUGCUAAAACAACACCAAGUUUCAGUUUUGGAAAACAAACAGGUAAGAAUUACAAAUAAUUUUGUUUUUUUUUGUAAAUUUAUAUUUGCAAUUUUCAGAGGCACCAAAAGAAACCCCAAAGUUCUCCUUCGGUAAACAAGUGGAACACAAUUUCGGGUAUCGCAGUUGCAUUGAAACAAUGUUUGAGUUAAGAUUUCGUCACUUAUGGACAACAAAUUUUGAACAACGCCAAAGGAUUGACGGAAAAUUUGAAGAAUCAUGGAUAUACUUUGGCGACCGGUGGAACUGAUAAUCAUUUACUUUUGGUUGAUUUUCGGCCAAUUGUAAUUGAAGGAGCCAGAGCGGAACAUAUUUUGGAUUUCGCACAUAUUGCAUGUAAUAAGAAUACUUGUCCAGGAGAUGUUUCGACUUUGAGCCCAGGAGGAAUUCGAUUGCGAACACCUGCAUUGACAUCGCGUGGAUAA